AUUCUUGCAAAGGCUUUUGGUAAUGGCAGCGGUUUACAGUCUUUACAUCAUCAAUAAGUCUGGUGGAUUGAUCUACUAUAAGGAUAUGGAUUCACGUCGUAGAUGGAAAUAAGGCUAAGUCAACUUUCUUUCCUUAAGCUUACAAUAAAAAUAAUUAUAAUUUUAUUUAUAUUGAUUUUGAAUGCUUGCAGUAGUUUUUUUUAUAUAAUUGCAGACGUAAGAAAGACUAGAAAAAUUCUCAACAGAGAUUUUUAGACAAGACCUUGAUUAACAGCCUUGACAAAUCACAAUGGCAUCAUUUAAUCCGAUUAUGGGUCUUCUGGACGAAUGGACACCAAUGAUAGCUUACGGGUGGCUAGCUUAUGGCAUUCAAUGCAUGCCAUCUCUCAGCAGUUGUCACCUGUUUCUGGUUGCACAGGAAUUGAAUUACUCCAAGCUGACACAUUUGAUCUUCAUUGCUUCCAGUCACUGACAGGGACGAAGUUUUUCGUGGUCUGUGAACCUGGAACUCAACAAAUGGAAAGUUUACUGAAAUUCGUAUAUGAAUUGUACACGGAUUAUGUUUUGAAGAACCCCUUCUAUGAGAUGGAGAUGCCUAUACGAUGUGAGCUCUUUGAUAUCAACUUAGCUCAGGCAGUGCAGAAGGACCGUGUUGCAUUGCUGGGUCGAUAAACUGCCAUGGAUCUGGCAAGUGUUGUUUUUAAAAAAUUGUUAUGGUGGUGCUGCUUUCUUAUAAUGCUUAUAAUACAAAAUUUUAGGAUGCCAAUAUAUGCUUUUCAUCAUUUCCUACUAUUUUUUUUUUCCGUACAAAUGAGGAAUGAUGUCUAUGUAGAUCACUAUUAUCUUGGCCAUAACUUUCUAAUCUGUACAAAAUUAAACAUACAUCUAGCAGGUAACAUGUAAUUUCGUACUUGGAUAUUUAGGUAUCCAAAUUGAUAAAUUGACUUGAAGGCGCUUAAUGAAAAUAUAAGCAACAUUUGGAACA